ACCAGCGAGUUCACACUGAAAAGAUGCCGUUCACCUGCUCAGACUGUGGGAAGGGCUUCACUCACUCCUCCAAACUACAGAGACACCAGCGAGUUCACACUGGGGAGAAGCCAUUCACCUGCUCAGACUGUGGGAAGGGAUUCGCUCAAUUGUCCAACCUACAGACCCACCAGCGAGUUCACACUGGGGAGAAGCCAUUCACCUGCUCAGACUGUGGGAGAGGAUUCAUUCAGUCAAAUCACCUGCUACAACAUCAGUUAGUUCACACUGGGGAGAGACCAUUCACUUGUUCAGACUGUGGGAAGAGAUUCCUUCAGUCAUCUGACCUACUGACACACCAGCGAGUUCACACUGGGGAGAGGCCAUUCACCUGCUCUAAAUGUGGAAAGGUAUUUGCUCGGUCAUCUGUACUGAAGGAGCAUCAGCGAGUUCACACUGGGGAGAAGCCGUUCACUUGCUCUGAAUGUGGAAAGGUAUUUGCUCGGUCAUCUCAGCUCUUGAGACACCAGCAAAUCCACUCUGGGGUGAAACCAUUCCUCUGCUCAGAAUGUGGGAAGGGAUUCACCGAUGCAGCUCAGCUGAAAGAUCAUCAGUUUGUUCACACUGUGGAGAGGCCAUUCACCUGCUCAGACUGUGGGAAAGGAUUCACUCGCCGUUCUCGACUACUGACACACCAGUUAGAUCACACUGGGGAGAAACCAUUCAUCUGCUCAGAAUGUGGGAAGAGAUUCACCCAUUCCGCUCAACUGAAGGAACAUCAGCGACUUCACACUGGGGAAUGGCCAUUCACCUGCUCUGAAUGUGGGAAGGGAUUCGCUUGGUCAUCUCGACUGAAGGUGCAUCAGCGAGUUCACACUGGGGAGAAACCUUUCAGCUGCUCUGAAUGUGGGAAGGGAUUCACUCAGUCAUCCAAACUUGUGAGCCACUACCAAAUUCACACUGGGGAGAAACCGUUCACCUGAUCAGAUUGUGGGAAGGAAUUCACUCCGUCAUCUGAGUUUAAAAUACAUCAGCGAAUUCACAUGGGGGGAUGCCAUUCUCCUGUUCUGAAUGUGGGAAUGGAUUCACUCAGUCAACUCAAUUAAGACUGUAAGAUAUAGGAUCAGAAGUCGGCCAUUCGGCCUUUCGAGGCUGCUCCGCCAUUUAGUCAUGGGCUGAUCCAAUUCUCCAGUCAUCCCCACUCCCCUGCCUUCUCCCCAUACCCUUUGAUCCCCUGGCUAAUCAAGAACCUAUCUCUCUCUGUCUUAAAUGCACCCAAUGACUUGGCCUCCACAAUUGCAUGUGGCAACAAAUUCCACAAAUUUACCACCCGCUGACUAAAGUAAGUUCUCCUCAUCUCUUUUCGAAAUGGUUGUCCUUCGAUCCUGAAGUUGUGCUCUCUUGUCCUAGACUCACCUACCAUGGGAAAUAACUUUCGCAUAUCUAAUCUGUUCAGAGCUUUUAAAAUUCAGAAUGUUUCAAUGAGA